UGUGACUUUAGUGGGGAAACCUGUUUUAUUUCUUGGCCUCCCCUUUUCGCUUCGAGAAACCAGCUCCGCCCCUCCCUCGUUUAAUCACCGCCACACAAACGAACUCCCGCUCCCCUCCCAGCACACUGUCCCGCGGCGGGGAAUCCUUCCCCGGUGCUAAGAAGUAUAGGAGGCGGCGGCAGCAACUGCACCGGCAACGGCAGCUUUUACCCCAUACACGGUGGCAGGGAGGCGGCGCUGACGAUGGCUGCAAUUUUUUCUGCGGCUUCUCCCCCUGACCUCUUCCGUUUCUUGCUCCUCCAUCGAGACGGCGCCGGACUCGCCAGCUCCGCUUUUAUCCCGUGCCCGGAGCCUGCGCACUGGAGCCUCCUCAGCCACUAGUGGGCGUCGAGUGACAAUCCGACCGGGUUCACCCAGCGCUGGCAGGCCAGGCCGGGGGGGAGGGGGCUGCCGGGACUGAGGCUGCUUGGGGUAGGAGCAAGUGCACCACCUUGGGAAGUGAUGGGAGGGGGAUCGUCCCCGUCCCUGCUGUCAUCCUUCUACCCACUAGUGGCACCCUCAGGCUCACCAACAUCCAGACUUGAGGGCUACUCGGGGACAGCGGGUAAAGAGCCAAGCCCACCGGCUAGCGAGACCUCCCCAACCGUCGGCGAAUGGAUGAAUGCACCUGUUGUAAAAAAGACGGAGCGUCUGGCCAGCUCGCGGCCUCUAGCGUGACGUCUCCACGCCUCGGCGGAGAGGCCGCGUCGGGCCGCAGCCCAUAACCAAGAUGGCGGCGAGUAGCUUGUCCCUCCCCCCCGCCCCUGCGGAGCGGGGCGGGCGGGCCCCUGCGCUUGCCGCCGCCGCCGCCGCCGCUGCCGCCGCCGCCGCCGCCGCCGUCGCCGCCAUUUUCCCAGAGCGAGAAGCAGUGACACUGAGCGGGCGCAGGGGGCCGAGUCGGAGAUCGAGCCUGAGUUCGGGAGCGGCAGCAGAGGGGGCAUAGACACUCUGAGCAGCCUCGGCGUCUCCUCAGCAUUCCUGACUGUGGCCCGCAGUGCCUGACUCCUGGGUUCUCACUGAAGACGCUGCGCGCUGCUGCUUGGGGAGGGGGUGUGGAGCCGGUUCUGCGACCGCAGUGGCUGUCGUCGGGGGUCGACCGAGCGCUGAGGUGUGGAGAGCCUCGCCCGGGGUCGAGCCGAUAACAGGGUUCGGGUGUCUGGUGUGUGACCAUCACAGGUCUAUUCUGGAUAGCAGGUUUUGUGAAGACAUUUAUUCUUUCUUGGACCUCAGAUUUCCCAGACAUCUCAUGGGUUUGUGGAUGCACUUAGAUGUUUGCAAUGAGCACUGUGGCUGGCAUGCCCCAGUAUUUUGGAUACCAAUGCAUAGGACUCCAUAGUAAUCGGAUUUACCAGAGGCGAACGUCAUGAGCAUAGCGAUCCCAUUGGGGGUUGAUACAACAGAAACAUCCUACUUGGAAAUGGCUGCAGGCUCAGAACCAGAAUCCGUAGAAGCUAGCCCUGUGGUAGUUGAGAAAUCCAACAGUUAUCCCCACCAGUUAUAUACCAGCAGCUCCCAUCAUUCACACAGCUACAUUGGUUUGCCCUAUGCGGACCAUAAUUAUGGUGCUCGUCCUCCUCCAACACCUCCAGCAUCCCCUCCUCCAUCAGGUCUCAUUAGCAAAAACGAAGUAGGCAUAUUCACCACUCCUCACUUUGACGAGACUUCCAGUGCUACUACAAUCAGCACGUCUGAAGAUGGAAGCUACGGCACUGACGUGACCCGGUGCAUAUGUGGCUUUACACACGAUGACGGCUACAUGAUCUGCUGUGACAAAUGCAGUGUUUGGCAACAUAUUGACUGCAUGGGGAUUGACAGGCAGCAUAUUCCUGAUACAUAUCUAUGUGAACGUUGUCAGCCCAGGAGUUUGGAUAAAGAGAGGGCAGUGCUACUGCAACGCCGGAAAAGAGAAAAUAUGUCAGAUGGUGACACCAGUGCAACUGAAAGUGGCGAUGAGGUCCCCGUGGAAUUAUACACUGCAUUCCAGCACACUCCAACUUCAAUCACCUUAGCUGCUUCCAGAGCCCCCAAGGUCACUGAUAAGAGGAGGAAAAAAAGUGGGGAGAAAGAACAAACCUUUCCAAAAUGUAAAAAAGCAUUUCGUGAAGGAUCUAGGAAAUCAUCAAGGGUUAAGGGUUCAGCACCAGAAAUUGAUCCUUCGUCUGAUGGUUCAAAUUUUGUAUGGGAGACAAAAAUCAAAGCAUGGAUGGAUCGUUACGAAGAAGCAAAUAAUAACCAGUAUAGCGAAGGCGUGCAGAGAGAGGCGCAAAGACUAGCGCAAAGACUCGGCAGUGGGAGUGACAGCAAAGACAUGAGUAAACCAGAAUUGAGUGUCAACAAUUCCCUCUUCAGACCUCCUGUAGAGAGCCAUAUACAGAAGAAUAAAAAAAUUCUGAAAUCUGCCAAAGACUUGCCUCCUGAUGCACUUAUCAUUGAAUACAGAGGAAAGUUUAUGCUGAGAGAACAGUUUGAAGCAAAUGGAUAUUUCUUUAAAAGGCCAUACCCUUUUGUUUUAUUCUACUCCAAGUUCCAUGGGCUAGAAAUGUGUGUUGAUGCGAGGACUUUUGGGAACGAGGCUCGAUUCAUCAGGCGUUCUUGUACACCGAAUGCAGAGGUGAGGCAUGAAAUUGAAGAGGGGACCAUACAUCUCUACAUUUACUCUAUACAGAGUAUUCCAAAAGGGACUGAAAUUACUAUUGCCUUUGAUUUUGACUAUGGGAAUUGUAAAUACAAGGUGGACUGUGCGUGCCUCAAGGAAAAUCCAGAGUGCCCUGUUCUAAAGCGCAGCUCAGAAUCCACAGAAAACAUUAAUAGUGGUUAUGAGACCAGAAGAAAAAAAGGAAAAAAAGAGAAAGACAUUUCAAAAGAAAAAGAUAUACAAAAUCAAAAUAUUACUUUGGACUGUGAAGGAACAAACAACAAAAUAAGGAGUCCAGAAACAAAACAGAGAAAGCUUUCUCCAUUAAGGCUGUCAGUGUCCAACAACCAGGAACCAGAUUUUAUUGAUGAUAUGGAAGAAAAAACUCCUAUUAGCAAUGAAGUAGAAAUGGAGUCAGAGGAGCAGAUUGCAGAAAGGAAAAGGAAGAUGACAAGAGAAGAAAGAAAAAUGGAAGCAAUUCUGCAAGCUUUUGCCAGACUUGAAAAGAGAGAGAAGAGACGAGAACAAGCUUUGGAAAGGAUCAGCACAGCCAAGACGGAAGUCAGGCCCGAGUGUAAGGAGUCGCAGGUCAUCUCUGACGCUGACGUGGUCCAGGAACAAGUAAAGGAAGAAACUGCUAUCAAGCCAACUGCUGCCAAAGUGAACAGAACUAAGCAGAGAAAAAGCUUUUCUCGUAGUAGGACUCAUAUUGGACAGCAGCGCCGGAGACACAGAACCGUCAGCAUGUGUUCAGACAUACAGCCAUCCUCUCCCGACGUUGAAGUUCUGUCACAACAGAAUGAUAUUGAAAACACUGUGCUUGCUAUAGAACCAGAAACUGAAGCUGCAGUAGCAGAGAUAAUCACUGAAGUGGAAGCUCCAGCACUUAAUAAAUGUCCCACAAAGUACCCCAAAACAAAGAAGCACUUGGUCAAUGAAUGGUUAAGUGAGAAGAAUGAGAAGACAGGAAAACCUUCAGACAGCCUUUCAGAAAGGCCUCUGCGCAUAACUACAGAUCCAGAGGUGUUAGCUACACAGCUCAAUUCUUUGCCAGGUCUCACUUACAGCCCCCAUGUAUACUCUACUCCUAAGCAUUACAUUAGAUUCACAUCACCAUUCCUUUCGGAAAAAAAGAGAAGAAAAGAAACUACUGAAAACAUUUCUGGCUCAUGCAAAAAGCGAUGGUUGAAGCAAGCCCUGGAAGAAGAAAAUUCAACAGUUUUACAUAGAUAUCAUUCACCGUGUCAGGAAAGGCCCAGGAGCCCUACAGUUAAUGGUGAAAGUAAAAGUCCCCUGCUGCUGAGCGACAGCUGCUCCCUCCCAGAUUUAACCACACCACUAAAAAAACGAAGACUUUACCAAUUGUUAGACUCGGCUUACUCAGAAAGCUCCACCCCUACUCCUUCACCCUACGCCACCCCAACUCACACGGACAUCACUCCUACCGACCCAGCAUUUGCUACUCCCCCACGGAUCAAAUCAGAUGAUGAAACUUACAGAAAUAGUUAUAAACCCAUAUAUUCACCAGUGACCCCAGUGACCCCUGGCACACCAGGAAACACCAUGCACUUUGAGAAUAUUUCUUCCCCAGAAAGUUCUCCAGAAAUAAAGAGAUGCACUUACAAUCAAGAGGGAUAUGACCGACCUUCAACCAUGCUAACGCUGGGGCCUUUUAGAAAUUCCAACCUAAAUGAGCUAGGCCUGCAAGAAAUAAAGACUAUUGGUUACACCAGCCCCAGGAGCAGGACUGAGGUUAAUAGGCCUUGCCCAGGAGAAAAGGAGUCUGUGUCAGACCUUCAACUGGGACUGGAUGCAGUCGAGCCAGCUGCCUUACAAAAAACCAUGGAAACCCCAGCCCACGACAGGACUGAGCCCAGCAGCCAACUGGAUUCGACCCACUCUGGACGAGGCACAAUGUAUUCAUCCUGGGUAAAGAGUCCUGACAGAACAGGAGUUAACUUCUCAGUAAACUCCAACUUGAGGGACUUAACACCCUCUCAUCAGUUGGAGAUUGGAGGCGGCUUCCGAAUCAGUGAGUCCAAGUGCCUGACGCAGGAUGAUGCUAGAGGCAUGUUUAUGGAGACAGCUGUCUUUUGUCCCUCUGAAGAUGGGCUUGUCUCUGGUUUUGGACGGACUGUUAAUGACAGUUUGAUCGACGGGAGCUGCACACCCCAGAAUCCACCACAAAAGAAAAAGGUCUCUCUACUAGAAUACCGUAAGAGACAACGUGAAGCUAGGAAGAGUGGUUCUAAGCCAGAGAACCUUGCUUUGAUUAGUGUGUCACCUCACCCAAGUGGGACCCUAAGCAGCAGUGGCGAUGGCUGUGUCCACAGCAGUGAGAACGGGGAGCAGCCAGAAAACCGGGCUAGCCUGCCUUCAGCACCGCCGGCUGCCACUUGCACUGCCUCCUGUGAAGAAGGCAGCAGUGACUGUCCUGUCAGAGACGCCAACCCCACUGAGAAGACAGACCCAGAAGUUCAGUGGACUGCUUCCACCUCAGUGGAGCAAGUGAGAGAGAGAAGCUAUCAGAGAGCGUUACUGCUCAGUGACCACCGCAAAGACAAAGACGGCGGGGGAGAGUCACCAUGUGUCUCAUGUUCACCGAGUCAUGUUCAGUCUUCACCUUCAUCUCAUUCAAACCACAUUCCCCAGGUGCCCGCUCAGAGCCUAGCCCCUCCUUUGACUGAACCUAUGGCAGACCUUGAUCCUGAAGGUACAGAAGCCACAAGUACAAGUGAAUGUCCAUCCCCUGACACUUCUCAGAGCCCUUCUAAAACAAGCAAGCCUGGUUCACCAGGGCCAAUCAAUCCUGCUCAGUCACAUGGGAAAAUGCUCACAAAACCAGAUUCCCACUGGGAGGCAACUGCCACUGUAUCAGAAGCUGAGAACAGUGUUCACCUAAAACCAGAGCUUCAGCAAAAACAGCUGUCAAGUAACACCCCAGCACUUUCAAAGAACCAUCCUCCUCAGGCCCACGUUCGAAAUGCAAAUGAUCAACUUCCGCAAAAGCUGCCUUCUGCACCAACAAAAUUGCACUGUCCUCCGUCCCCUCACACAGAAAACCCUCCCAAGUCCUCCACGCCUCACACGCCUGUGCAGCAUGGUUACCUCUCACCAAAGCCUCCUUCACAGCACCUAGGAUCUCCCUUCAGGCCUCACCAUUCACAGUCACCUCAAGUCGGAACUCCUCAACGCGAGACUCCAAGAAGUUUGUAUCCAACGGCACAGAACCUUCAAGCUAAUGCUCAGCAGGCACCUUGUGGAGCGUUAUUUACCCAGACACCCUCAGGCCAGUCUUCUGCAGCAUACAGUCCGUUCAACCAACAGGGUCUGAGCAGCACGGCCCCGCCCCCCCCACCCCCUCCGCCUCCUUCAGCAUACUAUCAAAACCAGCAGCCCUCUGCAAACUUUCAGAACUACAAUCAGCUAAAAGGUAGUCUUUCCCAACAAACUGUGUUUACAUCUGGACCAAAUCAAGCACUUCCUGGCACCACAAGCCAGCCAUCCGUUCCUGGACACCAUGUUACUCCGGGCCAUUUUCUGCCGUCUCAAAACCCUACCAUUCACCAUCAAACUGCUGCUGCUGUGGUCCCACCCCCGCCUCCACCACCACCUGCUCCAGGACCACACCUCGUACAACAGCCAAACUCACAUCAGCAGCACUCUGUAGCACAUGUAGUUGGGACAGUUCAUGCUGUCACCCCUGGGUCACACAUUCAUUCUCAAACUGUUGGACACCAUUUACCACCACCUCCUCCACCUCCUGGUCCUGCCCCGCAUCACCAUCCUCCACCCCAUCCUUCCACAGGACUGCAAAGUCUGCAAGCACAACACCAGCAUGUAGUAAACUCAGCACCCCCACCGCCCCCUCCUCCUCCUCCUCCAGCCAGUGUUCUGGUUUCUGGGCAUCAUUCAGCAUCAGGUCAAGCCUUACAUCACCCACCUCAUCAAGGACCUCCACUUUUUCCUGCGAGUGUUCAUCCGGCUGUACCGCCGUACCCCUCACAAGCCACACAUCACACCACUUUGGGACCGGGACCCCAACACCAGCCUUCCGGAACAGGGCCACAUUGUCCAUUACCAGUUCCAGGUCCUCAUCUCCAGCCCCAAGGACCAAACAGUAUUCCAACACCUACUGCUUCAGGGUUCUGUCCUCAUCCUCACCCUGGCUCUGUGGCCCUGCCACAUGGGGUGCAAGGACCUCAGCAGGCAUCGCCAGUGCCUGGACAGAUUCCAAUUCACAGAGCACAGGUGCCACCAACAUUUCAAAACAAUUACCACGGUUCAGGGUGGCAUUAAAAUGGACUCCAAUAACAUUUUUUAAAAUGUUCUGUAAGAUAAACUGUAUAUUUCAUAUGUACCUGUUAAGGUACUUUUUAAAGCUUGUACAUGAAACUUUGUAUAAAAAAAGACAAAAACAAAACAAACAAACAAAAAAAAAACAAAACACCAGUGCUCUUCCAUUGUAUUUUUCCCAUUUUUGCUUUUUAAGAUUCCGUAUGAAAUGUGCUAAGCCAGUCGUAGGCAUCUUAAUUCUGUAAGUGAGCAUUCCAACUGUCUUUCUGACCAGAGAGCUGAUGUACAUGACCUUAAAUUUCAUUGUUGCAGUUAAAUUCAUUUAGUGACUAUUUUCUGUAUUAUUUUAUACAUAUGCAUUAAGUAUACAGCUAAAGAAAGCACUAAGGAUUUUCUUUUUUAUGGUCAGCAGUUCUUUGAGUGCACCUUAGGUCUGAAAAUGCAAUGCAGGUUUUUAUAAUUUGGUGUGGACAUGGCUCAUUUUGUUUUAUCAGUUUUUUGCAAGCAAAAUGUAAUUUAAUGUGUAGAUAAUUUCUAGUGUCUCCUGACAGAUGUAAAUACUGCAUUUCUUUUGCGUGUAUAAUUGCUUCCCACCCUUUUCAUUUGGUAUAUAGCAUUGUACAUAUGCAAGUCUUUGCAAAAGUGUGAUCUCUGUGGAGUAGUACAGCACAUGGCCUUUCCUUUUUAUUUCAGUAUGCUGUCACAUUAAAGCACUGGCUGGGCAUUUUAAUUCAUGUUAAUAAACCACAAUUAUGUCAGUUUUACUAAA